GCUCCGAAUCCUCACUGUCACGGUCAACAUCACCCAACUUAGUGCUCUUGUGUCCCUACCUACACAGGCUGACCUAGUGGUCAUUCAAAGAGCGACGCUCACCCUAAAAUGUAUCAACUCACUCGGGUCUGCAAGCCAAGUAGGGCCAGGCUUGUUCGCUUAGGGAUUGGCAUACGACCACCUCUUCUCAGACCUCUCCCGAGUCGGCUAUUGGCCACAGUUACACUGACACCACCGAAACCCUCAAAGCCAAGGCCACAGAUACCAAUCGAGCCUCUUCCGAGGUCUCGUUUACUUAGUCGUAUUCUUUUAGUAGCAAAAUAUACCGGAUAUGCGGUGCUCUCUUCCACAUUUGGGAUUCUGUUACUAGGCGCAGGCAUAUUCAUUCAUGACGCUUUUACUUACACGAGCAAGGAUGUCCACCACGUACCGGUGUUGCCUCUCGCACUGCACCCCGAGCAAGGGGGACCGAAGAACCUCCCAAUCGUGAAAGCACUCGUGGAUGACGUGGAGGAUGAUGAAGCAAAGAAACUUUUGGACAAACCGAAGUUGGUAAUUGUAGGAGGAGGCUGGGGGGCUGUCGCUGUCCUGCAGACACUAGCUCCGGGUGAAUACCACGUGACCGUCGUGUCGCCGGAAACCUUCACCACAUUUACCCCGCUCUUACCUUCGGCUGCGGUCGGUACAGUCCAGGUUCGCACUUUGGUUGAGCCCCUACGCAAGAUUGUAGCGCGUCUCCGCGGCCACUUCGUAGACGCCAAGGCUGUUGACCUUGUAAUGUCUGAGCGCUUAUUGGAACUGGAAACUUUGACUUCGACUGGCGAACCCCAACGUGUUUAUCUUCCCUAUGAUAAACUAAUCAUUGCAUGCGGCUCAACUUCCAGUACGCACGGCGUCACGGGUCUACAACACUGUUUCCAACUCAAGACCAUAUCGGAUGCGCAAGCCAUCCGGCGACGAAUCCUCGACAACUUUGAAACAGCCAGUCUUCCUACUACAACCCCUGAGGAACGCAAGCGUUUGUUAUCUUUCGUCGUUUGCGGCGGCGGCCCCACAGGCGUCGAGACAGCAGCCGAAAUAUACGAUUUCUGUCAAGAAGACAUCGUUAACUACUAUCCCAAGAUAUGCCGCGAGGAAGUCUCGAUCCAUGUAAUCCAGUCACGCGAGCAUAUUCUCAACAUGUAUUCGGAGGCCAUCUCAAAAUAUGCAGAGGAAAAGUUCCGUCGUGAUCGCGUCGACCUAAUCACGUCUGCUAGAGUCAGUGCCGUCCACCCUGAUCACGUCAUGUACACCGUGCGGUCGCCGGACGGGACCAUCACUGCUCACGAGAUCCCGACAAAUUUUGUCCUGUGGUCAACCGGCAUUGCAAUGAAUCCCUUUACCCGUCGGGUAUCUGACUUAUUGCCCAAUCAAGUACACAAGAAAGCGAUCGAAGUUGAUGCCCAACUUCGUGUAAAAGGCGCGCCGUUGGGCGAUGUGUAUGCUAUUGGAGAUUGUGCAACUGGCGAGACAUCCAUCGUCAGCUACCUGCUGGAGUUGGUUGAUGAGGCCGACAAGAACAAAGAUGGCAAGAUCGACUUCGAUGAAUUUGAUUUUAUGGUUGCAAGGAUCAAACACCGGAUACCCAUGGCUGAGUCCCAAUUACAGAAGGUCCGAACAUUGUUCGAUUUGUAUGACUCAGACGCAGACAACAGCCUUUCUUUAAAUGAACUGUGCAAAUUGUUGGAAGAAAUUGGAAAUAAGAUAACAGCACUUCCUGCCACCGCUCAAGUGGCUUCUCAGCAAGGAAAGUAUCUCGGCAAGAAGUUAAGUCAUUUAGCGAAGAAACGAGAAGUCCUCGAGGCGAACGGCAUACAUGACCUGGACGAGGCUGUAUCCGGGCCAUUCCGCUAUACUCAUCUCGGCAGUCUCGCAUAUAUUGGUAACGCCGCAGUCUUCGAUCUAGGCAAUCUGUCAUUCAUGGGCGGCCUCGCCGCGAUGUACGCAUGGCGAAGCAUUUACUGGAGCGAGCAGGUUUCGGCCAGGACACGGUUUCUCUUAAUGAUAGACUGGAUCAUUCGUGGUGUCUGGGGUCGUGACUUGUCCAGGCUUUGAUGAGACUGGAUACUAUACUGUAUUGCAAUGUCGUCCUUCAUCCCGUUCAUUCUCGGCGCUCAUUACACAUUUCUUCUCUUUAUGAUGUAUACGGGUAAUCAUCACUUCGCUGGAUUCGACGUAGAACAGACCCUCAGAGUACGAUUCCAUGGAGUCUUUUCAUUUCUGCCAACCACAGGAUCUUAGAAUGGCUGUCUUGCCUAUCCUUGGCUGGGUGGAGUGAAUCUCAUGCGGCCACCCCAACGC